AUGUCUUCAAAUUUGAGUUCUUUUUCUGUUGAAAAAGUCGAAACAAGUGUUCCACCAAAUACUGAAUUAAUGGUUCAUGAUUCGAUAGCUACAUCCUAUUCAAAACAUUCAAUGAGAAAUUUAGACGAUGAAAAACAAAAUGUUUACGAAUCUUCAUCGCAAAUAGAAGAAGGAUCUAUCCAUUCUACCACUGAAACUGGGGGUGAGUCUAUUAGCGAAUGGAAAAAGUUCUAUGAAGUCUUCAUCUGUGGUGUUGCCUUAAUUUCGGAUGGCUAUUGCUCCAACUCUAUCGGUACUGUCAUAACGAUUUUAAAGAGGCUUUAUCCCAAGGAGACAACAGGCAACAAGUCACUAAAGGACAUAGGUAUGAUUGCGUAUGUUGGUACUGUUGUCGGUCAAUUAUCCUUUGGUUGGUACUCUGACUUUUUCGGUCGUAAGAAUGGUAUGAUUACUGCUACUCUUAUUCUUAUUGUAUCGACUGCUCUUUGCACUGGCGCUUAUGGAUAUCACGGAAGUAUUAAUGGAAUGAUUUCUGCUAUGAUUGCUUAUCGAUUUUUUCUCGGUAUCGGUAUUGGCGCUGAAUACCCUUGUGGAUCAGUAGCUGCUUCUGAGAACUCGAGUCAAAUGAAGCCAGGUAGACGACAUGGUUUAUUCAUUUUGGUAACAAAUGCUGCUGUUGACAUUGGGCUUGCUCUAGGUGCUUUUGUUCCAUACAUCCUUGUUUGCAUAUUUAGCGAUCGUCAUCUUCGGGCUGUCUGGCGUAUGUCGAUUGGUUUAGGUUCUGUCAUUCCUAUUCUUCUUCUAAUUGUUCGCUUACCAAUGAAAGAAAAUGGAGUUUAUUUGAAAUCUAAAAUUCCCUAUUCCAAAAUUCCAUGGCCUGUCGUCUUGCGUUUAUACGGUGUUCGUUUCCUCGUCAUCUGCAUUGUGUGGUUCACUUAUGACUUAUCCACUUUUGCAUUUAGCUUAUACUCUAGUACUAUUGUUAGUGGCGUUCUCCCUUCGAAUGCAUCUAUCGCGAAAAGCUUUGGGUGGAACACUCUUAUCAACUCAUUUCCCCUCCCAGGUACUUGGUUCAGCUGUAUUUUUGUCGACAUUAUUGGUCCCAAGUGGUGCUUAGUGUCUGGCUUGAUUUCCCAAGGUGUCAUCGGUCUUUUCAUGUCCGGAUUUUACAAUCAACUGGUUCAUCGUAUCGCCGGCUUUUGUGUUAUAUAUGGCAUCUUUUUGACACUCGGUGAAUUUGGUCCUGGUAGUAAUAUUGGCUUACUAGCUUCCAAAACUUCGCCUACUGCCAUUCGCGGUAUUUAUUAUGGUCUUGCUGCUGCCAUUGGAAAGUGCGGUGCUAUUGCUGGUGUAUACGCCUUUGGUGGAAAUCAAGUGCGAGUGUAUUUUUUUGCUGCCAGUGGAAUCGCGCUAUUUGUUGCUGUCUUGGUUUUCUUUUUUCUUCCUCAAGUCCAUCAGACCUGCGUGGAAGACGAAGAUGAACGCUUCAUUCAAGCUUGUGUCGAUGCUGGAUAUGGAAAUCCUUAUGUUUACGAGGAAACAUACCUUGUGAAAUCGUAA